AUGGAGCCCGUUGACGCCGAACGCGCGCGACAGCUGUCGCUCUUCCGGCCUUUAGGUGUUUCCUAUUACGCUAGUUCGUUGGUCGUUCGGCCUAAUCACUAUGAAGAGCUGAUCCAUCGAGGGUGGCGAAGAUCGUGCGGUUCUAGAUCGGGAAAGCUGUACUAUAAACAAAAUCUACAGCGAUCAUGCUGCCCGCACUACACGAUGCGGCUGGAGGCAAAUGCCUAUCAACCUCGUCGAGAUCAACGCAAAGCCAUCAAUCGCUGGAACAAGUUCGUCUUGGGCCCAGAGUAUAUCCGCAAGGUUACUCAACUCUGCCCGCGGACCAGAGAAGAAAAGCGUCAUCGCAAGAGCCACUUCGAUCUCCAGUCAGUGGUUCAUGAGGCCGAAUAUUCCAAUCUCAAACGUCCGAUUGAUCCCAGUACCAAACGAGCACUGGAGCCGGCGCACAAAUUCGAGGUCAAUCUAGAAGGUGACUCGGUGUCGCAGGCCAAAUUCGAUUUAUUUGUCAAGUAUCAGACUAAGGUCCACAAAGAAGAUGUCUCGCGCUGGAAGACCAAGGACUUUGAGGGAUUCUUGUGCUCCGGUAUCAAGCGGUCACCACAGAUCGUCAACAAAAUCAACGCCACGGAGAAGAAGCUCGGAUCUUGGCAUCAGUGCUACCGCCUGGACGGGAAACUCAUUGCUGUGGCCGUGCUUGAUCUGGUUCCGAACGGCGUGAGCUCGGUCUACAUCUUCUACGAUCCUGAUUUCGAGCAAUGGGAGUUUGGGAAACUGAGCGCUAUGCGAGAGAUUGCUUUUGCCCAGGAGAACAAUUAUGCAUAUUACUACAUGGGAUUCUAUAUCCAUAACUGUGUGAAAAUGCGAUACAAGGGCAACUUUAGACCUCAAUACAUCUUAGACCCCGAAUCUUACGAAUGGAACCCGCUCGACGGGGAGCUUUCGAAAAAGCUCGACGCACAAACCUACGUCUCCUUAUCUCGAGAACGGACGCCGCAGCAAGCUCGACCCUUCCCAGACAUUAGCUCUGAUGUGGACGAGACCGAGCUGUCACUCUUUGACAUCAAUAUGCCCGGUGUCUUGACUCUGGAGGAAGUGAAAGCCCUGAACUUGAAUGAAUGGUCAUUGUUGUACCAUGGGUCGUUUGUGCAGAUGGAGGACCUCGUUGGAUGGGAAGAUAUGCCAAUGGACAAUCCGCAGUCGAUCAAGGGCAUCGUUGCUGAACUCGCGGCUGUGCUCGGACCGAAGAUCGUCAAGGACAGUGCCGUGGUGCUUUUCGACUGA